GGAUAGAAAUGUAACUGGGCCUAAAUUAUGUUGCUAGGAGGCGCUGUUGCGACCGGAAGAGGUCGAUGUGAUGAGGACCAUUUGAGGCAAACCUGAGAUUGAAAAGAGAAAUUCACGAUUCUGAAAUUCUAUAAACAACAGAAACCAUAAGACAAACGACGCCAGGAGAUAUUAAUUUGUCUUCGACCUUGUCUUUAGGCAGUUUUGAGAGGCUGGAGCCAAACAUGGACAUGGAGAGUUAUGAGGACUUCUGCCUGCGGAGCCUGGCCAGACUGCAGACUGAGAGCCAGGGGAAGAGCCAGGGCCAGCAGACAGGCUGUGAGCCACCUGGUCUUGUGGAAGCUCUCUCCUUCAUCCACUUCCAUGGAAGGGCUGUGCUCUCACCCUUGCUGAGUGUGGAGCAGCGAAGGGAGAUGUCCCAGUACAGACAGAGGGCUGCCCAGCUGGAGGUGGACAGACAGACACUACGCAGCAGCAGCCUGCUGGCCAGGGUUCAGGACAUCCUGGACAAUGCUCAGGUGGACAAAGUACCAGAGAUGGAGGGUAAAAUGGAUCCACCAACUCCGCCAUAUUGCCUUUCCCCAAAACCUGAGACAGUGAAUGGCUACACCCUGGUGACAGACUCCCCUGGGCUUCCCAGGGGUGGUGGUGUGGUUGGGCUACACAUAGCUGAUCGGCCCACCACCCCUCAACCUGAGUCCCCCAUAGUCCUGAAUGCGUACAGAGCAGAGGAGAGAGUGAACCAGGUAGAGGAGGGGAGGUGGGAGGUAGAGAGGGGAGAAGAAGAGAUGGGGGGCGUUCAGGAUGUGAGUCUCCAGAGCCUUCUGAGAAGGUCGAGGGAGUACGUGGAGAGAGAGCAGGCCCAGAGGGGGACAAAGGUCAUCGGCGGGGUAACUCCAACCACCCCGGCCGCAGAGAGCCUCUCUGACAAGGAGAACGAGAGCCGCAGUCCUCAGGGAGAGAUGAAACCUGAACAGGGGUACAGCCUGCGCCACAGUCCGCUAAGCCCACCUCAGACCCAGGCCCACAUCCCGCACCAGAGCCAGUAUCCUGUCCAAGCUCAAGCCCAGUACCAGGCUAUGUGUAAUCCAUAUGACUCCCGGUUUAGCUACCUUUCGUCUGGCCUCCCCGACGCUUACGCCCUCCUGCCCAGCCCCGAACCCAGCAUGAGUCCCCGCCCCCACCGCCGGCGACCACGCCCAGUGUCCACUGGCAACAUCAUGAUCUCCUUCCCUAUUGGCCCGGCCGACCUCAUCCCCAGAGGGCUAGUGGGGAGGCACCAGGAGAGCGCUGUUGUCAUGGCGACAGGGGUGAUGAGGUCACCGGAUCAGGGGUCAGGCGUCAGUGACGGUAGCAGUAGUCAUCGUAGCAGCCAGUGUGGCACCAGCCAGGUCCAGGAGAAGAGCUGCAGCUCAGUCAGUACCUCCGGACCCGGUUCACUUGGGCAUCAUGACGUCAUCAGCUCUGGGUCUCGCCGGCGCUGCCACACCCUAGACAGCCAGCUCCACUCCUCCCAUUCUGCCUCGGGACCUGGUAUGGACCGCAGCCAGGAGAGGCUCCCGCGCUUCAUGGGGGGAGUGCCUCAUUUGCCCCCCAGCCGUAGGAGCCCUGCGGUCCCCCUGAACCAGUCCUAUGAGGUGGAGAACCCUUCGGCCGCGCUGCUAAGGCCCCACGUGAGGCCCUUGACCCCUGACCCCUCUCCUUGUCACAUCAAGAUGAGGCUGGAGCCUGAGGGGCCUCCGGGGCCCCAUGAUGGACGGAUCACACCCAGCUCUUCCCUAGAGGAGCAGGACAGUAAAACAGAGGAGACCCAGCGACGUGUGAGUGCUCUGGAGGAGAUGAAGAGGCGUCUGGAGGAGGAGCAUGCCCUGCAGAUGUCUCUUCUCAUGGCUGAACAGGAGAGAGAACAACAGCGCCUCUGUCAGGAGCUGGAUGAGAAGGAGAAGAGGCUGAGAGAGCAGGGGUGUGGCCGGCCCCUGUGUGGGGACGAUGGGCGUGACCGGAGAUCUGUGAGUGACAUCUACCCUGGCCUCAGCCCUUCCUGCCCUGGCCUUAGCCCCACCCUGAGUCCUGCUGAUAGGUCACCUAGACACAGUGUACAGAGCAUGGAUUUCACCUCUCCAUCGAGCUCCAGUGCUCCCUCUCCCUCCAUGCAGCCUCCUGUCUACCUGUGGGGGCCCACCUGGGGGGCCAGCAAGCCCCGGGGAAGGCUCAGUCAGGUUGUGACAAUUGAACAGCAGAGGGCGCUGUGUCGUCUGGGAGCCAUCAGUCGUGGGUUCCUCACCCGCAGACUGCUCCAGACAGAGAAGGUCAAACAGCUGCGCCAGACCAUUCAGGACACACAAGAGUUCAUCCGCUCAUUCCAGACUGAAGCUCCACAGAAGAGAGGAUCCAUCUCAGCACAGGACCUGUCUCUGCAGGAGAGAGUCAGGGCACAGUUGCGUGCAGCUCAAUAUGACAUCCAUGACAUCUUCUUUGAGAUGCCCCUGGAGGAGAGGCUAGCUCUGCUGCAGCUGGACAGAGAGGUCCGCACAGAGAAGAAGCUAAGAGAAAUGGAGAAAGCCAGGAGCCCUAAGGACAGAGUUCUGUCUGCUGCCACACAGAGGUCACUGGACAGGAAGAAGAGGGUGGGUGAGUCUCCAGGACAAGCCAGGAAAGUACAGCAGAAGCCAAAGAGCCCUCCCACUAACAGGAUCCUGAAGCCAAGUCAGGGUCAGAAUGCCUCAGUCCCAGGUCAGCUAAACCGACAGGGGAGCUGGUAUAGAAAGACCCCGGAGGACAGAGUGAGGCGCUCAGACAGCCUGAAGAAGCAGAAUUCCCUGGGCUAACAGGUUCCUCCCUCAGUCACUCUAUGACCCCUCACUCCCUGACCCUUGACCUCUGGGCCUUCUAUCAGCCCCAUAUUCCACUAUGGUUCGACCACCACCACCACCACCACCACCAAUGCUACUAGUCCCUCUAACCUCCCUCUAACCUCCCUCUGAUGGUUCAGCCAGUGCUCUCUGUCCAUGGCACACCCUACCCAAUAGAUUGUUACUAUAGUUACAUAGAUUUUUCUACUAUUACAGACUUAUGAACAGUUCAUGUAUUCCUUAGGUUUGAAUGCUGCUGUGCACUCUUGUGCCAAGAUAAUUACUGCAUUAAUGCUGCUAGCUAGCUAUAUUUGCUGCUUAACUUGCAAAGACUUUGCAGCUAGAGGUAUUCUUUAGUGGAUAUGUAGUAUGGAGAUGGACUCAAAGAAGCAUGACAAAAGUAAAGGAAGUAGAUUUCACUAGUCAGGGGUGUGGAUUGUCUUCUGACAGGUGGCGUCACACCUCCGCUCGUAACCUCAACGUAGUCGUGGCGCUAUCUGACAUAAGACAAUGAGAGGUGUGUUAACUGUAAAACACACUGGUGGCCUUUCCAGACACACCUCAGAGAGUUAUUGUGUGAUUACAUAGCUUUAACCUUUGCUAUAGUAGCCAUUACAAUGUCAAAUGACGCUGCUGGUAGUCACAGAUAGUUGCCAUGUAAAAAAAGCUAUUUUAAACCAAUUUAUUUCUAAUAUCAUUUUUCAGUUAAAGGGUCCCUAUAAUACAUGGUGCUGAACUCUGCUUUGUGUGAAGUCUGUAACAUUUCAAAUUGGUUUGUGUGUGAUGUGUGCAAUUUUAAAAUAUCAAUGUGUUUUGCUGCGAAACGUCACGGCCAAAUGAGAGAAAAUGUACAGUUGAAUGUACUAUUGUCUUAUUUUACUGUCCCAAUAGAAUCAUGCUUUGGUUUCAGAUGGUCGGAUAACCGGCAUGUUUGAGCUGUAGCUGACAGACAAGCCUAUGUCUCUGGAGAGUAUUUAGAAUAUCCCAUACAUAAAUGAAGCUGCCUUUCACAAACAAACAUGACUGAGAUAUCUGGAAUAUCUGAAACCUGCCAGUGUAUAUGAGAGGAUUUACAGAGAAAACAUUGACAAUGAAAACCAAAGUAACUCACCAGUGUGCAGUAGCUAUAACAUCCUUUUCUCAGAGCAGUCUUCUUGUAGCCUGGCUGAUGCGCAGGCCCAUGUGGUACACAGUUAGAGGAGAGCUUGUGGUACAUACAAGCACGUUAGCCAGGGAAGUCUUCUUUCCCCACCAAGGGGCUGAUGUAUCCCACCUAGGACAAUCCUGGGAGGGAUACAGCAUACACUAAGGUGUCAUUAACAUGUCAUUAAUAUGUCAUUCUGUGAAAGAGUUGUAUACUGACUCUGAGUCAGUUGCUAGGGGAUUUUGUAUAUUAAUAACUGGCUCAUGUAUCUGCUUAAACAGCACUACAUCACCAUACAUGGCCUUUUGUAGCAGUGACGGAUUUCUGGUGUUGUUGUUGACUCGCUUUGAUGAAUUUACUUUGUAAUUUGUGUGUUGAAUACAAAACAUUUUGUAAUUUUC